GCAGUGCAGUUCAUCCAUGCAGUGCUAGGAAUAGAGCUUGACGCUGCGGCAUUGAACGACAGCUUGCGAGACGGCGUCGUGCUAUGCCAGCUCAUCAAUGCGCUAUGCCCCGGUGUUGUCAAGCGCAUCAACACAAAGAGCCUGCCGUUCGCACAGAUGGAAAACAUCAGCAACUUUUUGGAGGCGGCUGGCAAGCUGGGCUUACAAAGCACAGACCUGUUCCAGACCGUGGACCUAUACGAGGCCAAAAACAUGCCGCGGGUCAUCAUGACGCUGUUGACCAUUGCGCGC